AUGGCGCCGAGCUCCCCGUCGUCUGCCGCGCCCGCGCGCGUCUCCGCACGGAAGCGCGCUGCCAAGGCCGAGGAGAUCCACCAGAGCCAGGAGGAGGAGGAGGCCGCGGCGGCGUCCUCCGUCAAGCGCCGUCGCAAGGCGGCGGCUUCUUCCGAGAAGAAGCCGAAGCAGGGCAGACCGCCCAAGGCGGGGAGGAAGAAGAAGGGGGAGGCCGAGAGGGAGGAGCCCGUGGAGGACGACGUCUGCGCGGACGAGCCCGACGAGGAGGAGUUGGCUAUAGGCGAGGAGGAGGCCGAGGCCGAGGCGGAGGAGCAGGCCAUGCAGGCCAUGCAGGAUGAAGCAGCUGCGGCCGCUGCAGGGUCGCCUGGGAAGAAGAGGGUGGGGAGAAGGACCGCCGCCGCCGUCGGCGACCACGAGCCAGAGUUCGUCGGCGAACCCGUCCCCGCGGCCGAGGCGCGCAGCAGCUGGCCCAAGCGCUACGAGCGCAGCACGGCCGCCAAGAGGCCGGAUGAGGAAGAGGAGGUCAAGGCCAGGCGUCACUACCGCAGCGCCAAGGUCGACAACGUCGUCUACAGCCUCGGUGAUGACGUCUACGUCAAGGCUGGAGAAAACGAGGUUGACUACAUUGGUCGCAUUACUGAAUUUUUUGAGGGGAUUGACCAAUGUCACUAUUUUACCUGUCGUUGGUUCUUUCGAGCAGAGGACACGGUUAUCAAUUCCUUGGUGUCGAUAAAUGUUGAUGGACACAAGCAUGAUCCUAGACGUGUUUUUCUUUCCAAGGAAAAGAAUGAUAAUGCGCUUGAUUGCAUAAUCUCGAAGAUCAAGAUAGUCUAUGUUAAUCCAAAUCGAUGGGCUGUUGACCUUAACAGUUUUGCAUGCCAAAGUUUAAAGUACAAUCAUCCACAAACUGAGGUGCGGAAUGAAAAAGCCGAUGAUUUUCUUGCUCUGAUUAAGGAAUGGUCAGUCCUGUGUGACAAAUAUGUCCAUCAAGACGUGGGUUCAGAUUUAGCUGGCUCGGAAAAUGAAGAGGACGGAAGCAGCCCACUUGACAAGGAUGAAUUUGUUGUAGAGAAGCUUAUUGGGAUAUGUUAUGGUGGCAGUGGCAGGGAUAAUGGCCUCUAUUUUAAGGUCCAUUGGGAGGGAUAUGGUCCUGAAGAGGACACAUGGGAGCCCAUUGAUAAUCUGAGUGACUGUCCACUGAAAAUUAGAGAUUUUGUACAAGUAGGGUACAGGAGAAAAAUUCUGCCACUGCCUGGUGAUGUUGAUGUCAUUUGUGGAGGACCACCAUGUCAAGGGAUUAGUGGAUUUAAUCGGUUCAGAAACCGCAAUGAGCCACUUAAAGAUGAAAAAAACAAGCAAAUGGUGACUUUCAUGGAUAUUGUGGCAUACUUGAAGCCCAAGUAUGUUCUCAUGGAAAACGUUGUGGAUAUACUCAAGUUUGCUGAUGGCUACCUGGGAAGAUAUGCUUUGAGCUGCCUAGUUGCGAUGAACUAUCAAGCACGCCUUGGAAUGAUGGUGGCAGGCUGUUAUGGCCUGCCACAGUUUCGGAUGCGUGUGUUCCUCUGGGGUGCUCUUUCUUCUAUGGUGCUCCCGAAGUAUCCUCUGCCUACAUAUGAUGUUGUAGUACGUGGAGGAGCCCCUAAUGCUUUUUUGCAAUGUAUUGUUGCAUAUGAUGAGACACAAAAACCAUCCCUGAAGAAAGCUUUGCUUCUUGGUGAUGCAAUUUCAGAUCUACCAGAGGUAGAGAACCAUCAGCCUAAUGAUGUAAUGGAGUAUGGUGGUUCCCCCAAGACAGAGUUCCAGCGCUACAUUCGACUUGGUCGUAAAGACAUGUUGGACUGGUCUUUCGGUGGGGAGGCUGGUCCAGAUGAAGGUAAACUCUUGGAUCAUCAGCCCUUACGGCUAAACAAUGAUGAUUACGAGCGGGUGCAGCAGAUUCCUGUCAAGAAGGGAGCCAACUUCCGUGACCUAAAGGGUGUCAAAGUUGGAGCAAAUAAUGUUGUUGAGUGGGAUCCAGAAAUCAAGCGUGUGUACCUGUCGUCUGGGAAACCAUUGGUUCCUGACUAUGCGAUGUCAUUCAUCAAGGGCAAAUCACCAAAGCCAUUUGGGCGCCUGUGGUGGGAUGAGACAGUUCCUACAGUUGUGACCAGAGCAGAGCCUCACAACCAGAUUAUAUUGCAUCCGACUCAAGCAAGAGUCCUGACUGUCCGUGAGAAUGCAAGAUUGCAGGGCUUCCCUGAUUACUACCGAUUGUUUGGUCCGAUCAAGGAGAAGUACAUUCAAGUUGGUAACGCAGUGGCGGUACCUGUUGCCCGUGCACUGGGCUAUUGUCUGGGGCAAGCCUACCUGGGUGAAUCAGAGGGUAGCCACGUGCUGUACGAGCUGCCUCCAAGUUUCACCCGAACUGUGGCGCAGGCAGGGGCUUCUUCUGUUGCCACUCCUGCAGGGGAGGUGGUUGAGCAGUAA